AUAUAUUCUGCGCAUGCGCAUUCUCCACCACGAAAGGAGAGCUGCUGAGGUCGAAUUGAAGGAUUUCAUUAUCGUGGUCAAAAUAAGGCAAAAUGAAGGACCAUGAUAAAGCAGCAUAUCCGGAGCCUCCGAGGAAGACUCCGGUUGUGGAUAAACAGACAUCAUUGCCAAACCCGGCCGUGAUCCUGAGUAACCUCUUCUAUUACUCCGUGGAUGUGCCUGUCUCCACAUUUAGAGGUGCGCUUGACAGUAUUCGGUCUAACAACAAGUCGGUGUACUACCACCAGAAGUUCCGCCGUGUUCCCGAACUGGUAGACUGCGAGCAUGGAGAUUACCUCUGCUACUAUGAGGCUGAGAUGCAGUGGAGGAGAGACUACAAAGUGGAUCAGGAGAUUGUGAAGGUAAUCCAGGAGCGUAUGAGGGCCUGCUAUCAGAGGGAAGGAUCCAGCUACGUGCAGAACUGUGCCAAGGAAAUUGAGCAGUUCGAAGAGACUUCCAACAACUUCCAGUUACGCUAUGGAGACCUGGGAGCGUAUGCCAGCGGCAGGAAAUGUCUCAUGAAACAAAAAGAACGGAUGACGGCUGCUCAGGCCCAGACUUCUUAAGAACAGAUCGCUACUAUAUGUCCUCUGUAAUAUUGUAAAAUAAAAUGUAUGUGAUAAAUCA